UGUGAUUUUCCUUUCCUGCCAAACGAGACGGAAGUUAACGGAAAAUUUAUCAGGUGGAAAGUCAGAAUGUCAUAAUGACAUCGAAACUUGUUGUUUUGCGUGCUGUUGUUAUCAAAGCAGCAAUUAAAAGUUGAAAGCAUUGAAAUCCAUUAGUUGAUUCCAUGGCGAUAUAAAUCUUCGGGUGCGGCCUGCAUGACCAUCCACCACACUGUGAUUAUAAUUGGCCGGUAGCAAAAUAAAAUGAUGAUCAUGCCGAAAAAGAGAGAGAGAGAAGAAAAAUGUCAACCGAUGUCUGGCAUUCACUUGUGGUCAAUCGUCGAUAAACACUUUGUACUCGACGCAUGAAAAUUUGCUUAUUGAAAAUCAUCGGGCAAAGAAAAAACUGCAAAAAACAACAACAACAUCAACAAAAACCUAUAGCGUUCAACAUUGGGCGGAAAUAAGUUAUUACAUCUCUAAUAGCCAUAUUAACGAAAAACGUUGGUUGAUUUUAGCUACAAUAGCAGCGACUGGUUAAUGAUCCACUAUCAGUUCAUGCCGAUAUUUGGUUACACCGUUGCCCUUUGUUGUUCUGUUGAAUUGACGAAAAAAUGCUUCUUUUCCCCAUAUGAUUUUGAGGUACAAACAUGUAUUUUAAAGCUAAAUGCAACUGUAUCCUGCUGCUGUGCAUAUUCUGCGAUAUUUGUAUAAGCAAAUUUGUUUUUCAAAGAACGCAAAAUCGUCUUCAACGCAUCCGUGUAUCGUCUACGACAGUAGAUGCUUAGUCAAAACCAACACGUAAAAUUUUUAUUGUGUUAUUUGUGUAUGGUUGAAUUUUUGUGUGUUUACAUUUUUGAGACGUGUUUUUGUUUCAACUCCUAUUUACACCGUUCGUCUCUAGAAUGAUUCAAGCGAUUAUAAACGAGAUAAUGAACUGGCUUGCAGUUAAUGAAACUGAAAAUGCCCUCAACGGAUUCCUGCUAUUCACCACAUUCGUACCCAUCAUUCGAGAUCUUUAAACUCUUUUUCGUUGUGUUUGACCUUGAUUGAGGAGCAACCAAAGCAAAGUUGCAGGCAAGUAAGUUUCAUUGUUGUUUGAACGUAAUGCGUAGGAAUGGAAACUCGUUCAUAAAAAUAAAACGUACGUCAUCAGUUCAAUCGGUCCAUUUUCUAAUGAGCCGCAUAAAAUAAAUGAAUAAAAACUGGUUCUGUUUUUAUCUGCUCGCAAAUUAUAAAUAUAAUAUAAUUAUUUUACAACAAAAAAUAAUCCGCCCGUCCUGAUGUUGAGAUAUAUGCUAAUUAUCAUUGUGGUACAGCCACAGCGUCACGUAUUUAGUGAUGUUUAGUCAUAGGAAAGUCCACAUGCUCAUCGUGCACACAAUAAUUAGUAGUUUUCAGUUGCUUUGUUUACAUUCUUCGUUUAUGCUCACCAGCUCACCAAACACACACUUCGAAUCUGCUCAUCUGCUCAAUCUGCUCACGAUGCAUGUCGCUAACUAAUGCGUACCAAAAACAUGACGUUUCAACGGUCGUGAGAGCGAACAAAGAGAAAUACAGAGAGAAACAUGAAUCAGCUGUAUUUUGACAGUUCAGUCAGUAAUGCAAGCGUAACCAAACAAUAAACACGUUUAGAGAGCAAUUUCACUUUAUUCGCAGACAAAUUGAAGAAGAAAAAACAUUUUAAUUAUUUUCAGUGUUCGAAAUAUUUCAUUUUUUUUCUUUGUAUUUUGGUGUUGAAUAAUUUCUUUAAUUUUUUAUCAAUCGAUUUGUGGUGAAUAUUUGAAGAACAAAGAAAAUGGCAAACGGUUUGUCAAUUGAUAAUUGUUUGAUUCAAGUUCGUUCUCGGUUACAAGAAGAAGGCAUCAAAUUAUGGCUUGAACCAUACCACGUUGAAGGAAUUGGGUCGAAUGAUACAGAGUUGGAGAGCUUGGCAUCACGAUUGGCAUCAACAGUGAAUAUUCCAUACAACUACUGCUUGUCAGCCAUCAAUGAACUGCAGGCGAACGCCAUCGAUAAACUCAAAGCACGAGAUCUUUUCAACGAAACAGGUGUUGCCACAAUAAAGGUUCGCGUUCCGGAUAAAAACACUGGUGGCCGUUUGAUCACCGUGCAACUGAAGCUGGAUCUUAUGGUAGAAGAUUUGUAUACGGACAUUGCUGGGAAACUGGAACUUAGUCCCAAUAAGUUAAAGCUUAUCAGCGCUGGUAAAAUGUUGAAUCGCUCUCAAACGCUUCAAGACCAAGGUAUUCAGAAUAAUCAGCAAAUUAUGGCCAUCAUCCUGGAAAUGGAUGAAAAAGAAGCUCACAAGGAAAAUGGCGCCUUUGAUAAACUGCAAGAAGCGAAAACAGAUGCAUCGAAAUUGUUGCAAAAGAAUGAUUCAUACAUGGAUAUAGAGGACCAAGACGGCAAUGUAAUUCACAUCCCACCCGAGGAGAAGAAGGCGAUAAUGAUGGCCUUGGCGAUACACGAAAAAGGUCGUGCCGCUCUACGCCGAAAUGCUUACAAUGACGCGCUCAUUUUUCUGUUGGAAGCUGAUAACGAAUAUCGCAUAUGCAACUCUCAAUUGCUGGAAACCGUUGAUAAUUAUGCACUGUUGAACCUCGAUAUCGUCUGGUGCUACAUCAUGCUCAAAAGUAUCAGUCAUUUGCCCGAUGCUGAAUAUCGCUUGCAGAUUUGCGAGAGACACUUCAAAAAAAGCUACGGUGAAAAUUUGAAUCGAGUGAUGACGUUGAAAGGCAAUGCUGCCAACGAAAGGGCUCUCAUAAUGCGCAUGCAUUUGUUGCAAGCUAUUUUGAAUUUUCAUAAGAAUCAACGAAAUUUUGCACUUGAACUUCUUUCGACUGCAGACCUCGAGUGGCAACAGCUACAAGUGAAUGAAGGACUGGUCGACUCUUUGGUGGAAAUGGGUUUCACAAAGACCGAAGCACGCACAGGCCUACGAGCAUGCGCCAACAAUAUCAGCGAAGCAAUUGCUUUCGUACACGAUCGACGCGAAAAGUUGGAAAAAGCAAGAAAAUUGGGCCGAGAACAACGUCGAGCCAAGAAUUCAUUGGUCAAAACACAAAACAAGAAAUGGGUCAAUCCACGCACAUUGCAUGUUCUAAGCGAAAUGGGUUUCGAUAAGGAUUUGUGCGCUCUAGCACUGCAGAAAACGGACAAUGAUAUCAAUCAAUCGAUUGCUUUGUUGCAAGAAAACCAAUCGAUACUGCACGACGAGCUGUUACAAAGUGUCAAACCGGACGAAAGUUUGUGCGAACAAAUUCGCAAUAUGGGCUUCGACAUUGAGAUGAUCAGGCAAGCAUUGAAGGAUACGACAAAUGACAUGUCAAAGGCCAUCGAAAAUCUUCUCCAAAUGCAAGCUAAUGGAACAUACCAAGACGCACUCAAAGAAGUUCUGAAAUCUGUACCACCAGCGUUAGGGGAGGCAUUAAAUCAAGCAACAACAUCGGCGGCACAGACUGCUCAAGAUUAUGAAGGUGAAAUGAAGGCUUACGAACGGUUCGCCGAAGAUAUGGAUUUAGAAGAUAAUGCAUAUUUGGAUCUGCCACUUAACGAAGAACGUGUUUUGCUUGACGAGUAUAAAAAGAUGCUUGAUAUGUGAAAAUAUCUGUUUACAAACAACAAUGAUAGUGCUGAUGCUGAUACUUUUGUACGAAAUUAUAAAAUAAAGAAAGAGAACCGGAAGGAGGACAUGAGUUCUAAGAUAUUGAAAUAAACUCCUGUCCAAAGUAAAAAUAAAA